AAUAGAUUUGCUGACGUCACUACCCUGCGACUGUUUAUAUGCGACAGAUCCAUCAUGGCGCUCUUCCCAGCUUUUGCUGAAGAAGUGUCUGUAAAAGCUGAAGAUUCACCCAAAGAGUUUGAUUGGUUGAAAAAUGAAAGUUUUCAAACACAAGAUGCAGUCUCCAUUCAUUGUCGUUUUUUGGAGAAGACAGUGGGGACACAAGGUGCCACGGGAUCGAGGGAUGCAAGCUCUGUUGAAGAACUGGAUGAGGAUGAGAGCAAAGUACAUCACAAAAAGAAGCGGAAGAAAAGUGAAAAGAAGAAAAAGAAAAGGAAGAAACUCAAAAAGCUGCGUGGUCAUUCUGACAGCAGUGGGUCUGACUCUGAAACUAUCUUCCCAAGUGACCUAAAAAAGGAGCAAGAUACUGAUAGACCUGAAAGUGAUGUAUUUGCAAGUAAAUUCAUAUGGCUUGAUGACCUCACGUCUGCCCAGAAAGAGGCAUUCUGUGUUGACCAGAAGCCAGACCCAGCCAACUGGACCUAUAAGUCACUUUACAGAGGGGAUGUUGCCAGGUACAGAAGAAAAGGAGCAUCCAUAUUGGGCAUAGACCCUCACAGAGAAGGAGUUACAUGGGAUGACUCUGAAUCAAAUAAGAAACAAAAAGCCAAAGACAAAAAGAAUCGCGGAGGAGGUGGAUUUGGAGACGAAAGAUAUUAUUCUACAGCAAAUCAGCGAUUACUUAUAUCGGAGUCUCCAGUCUUAUUAUUACCUACGGAAACGCCUGAAAACUGCAUCAAUAGGGGAGCACCUUUCCUUGCUUUUUGUGAUAAUAAAGACAACACUAUACACAAUCUGAGUAUUGACGGGUCACAGAGUACAUUAAAUCCUCUUGGUGUGUAUGACCCAUCGACAGCUCUCUGGAUGCAGGGCAAAGGAAAAUCAGAUGAAACUGACCAAAAACAAGAUACACAAACAACAGAGAGUUCUUUUGUCACAAAGAAAACUGAAGACUUUAACAAACGACUUAGAGAGCAACCAGAGGAUACAGAAUUGUGGAUACAGUUUAUACAUUACCAGGAUGAACUUAGCACAACAGUAUUCAUUGAUGAACAACGCAGUGAUCACACUGAGCGAUCUAAAUCAUCCUAUCGUGCGGUGCUUGAGAAAAAGCUGAGCAUUGCAGACCGUGCUGUUGCCUUAAACCCCAGCUGUAUUUCUUUACAACUUGAGAGGCUAAAGAUCUGCCAAGAACUCUGGGAGUCCUCAGCUUUGGCUAAAGAAUGGAAGAAGCUGGUGUUUCUCCACCCAAACAGUGCACCUUUGUGGAAAGAGUAUUUACUGUUCAUGCAAAGCUAUUUUAGUAACUUUUCUGUGUCAAAAGUCAACUCUGCUUUUGGAAAAUGUCUAAGCACUCUCAGUGCUGUUCGAGAUGGAAGCAUGGUCUCUCAUCCAGCUCUGCCUGGACUGGAGGAGGAUAUGCUUGAUAUCUUCAUUCAGCAGUGCCAUUUCCUGCGCCAGGCUGGUCACUCAGAAAAGGCAACAUCUCUAUUUCAGGCCAUGAUAGAAUUUACUUUUUUGAAACCUGAGAGUCUACAAAAACUAUCCACCAAACAGCAGGUGGAAUUUUUUGAGACCUUCUGGGACAGUGGUGAGGCGAGGGUUGGAGAGCCUGGAUCAAAAGGGUGGAAAACAUGGAUGCUUCAACAAGAGCGAGGUGGUUGGGUACAGCCAAGUGCAGAAGAAGAGGAGGAUGAAGACGAAGAAGAGGAGGAGGUGAAGGAUCAGAACCAGCCCAGAUGGAAAGUCUGGCUAGAUGUGGAGUCAUCUCGUGAAGCAGGGCAUUGGUUACCUUGGAGACCUGACAAAUCCAAGGGCCAAACAGAGGAUGACUGUGAAGACCCUGACCGACAGGUUCUGUUUGAUGACAUUGGUCAGUCUAUGAUUUGUUUAUCAUCGCCAGAUUUACAGCUUCGUCUUCUUCUCCACUUUUUGUCAUUUCUGGGAUUACCAGUGAAUAUUACCACAUCAAACCAAACUGGAAUGCUGCUGGAAAAUCUUUUGUUACUGACUCAAAAUGAUAACUUUGCCCGACCUCUGACAUUUCCUGAGCUUCUUCACACUGGGAUGAACUCUGUUGGGCAGAUGACUACUCUCCAGGGAAUGCCAAAGUGCAUAGGGUUGGGAAAACAGGGUGGAAAGUUUUUAAAUAACAUUAUUGCCAUGAUUCAGCCUUUACUUCCUACUCACCAUCGAGCCAUCCUGUUUCUUAGCCAAAUUCAGAAUGAGAAACUGAAGGUUCUGCAGAGUGCAUGCAGUAGCAACAAAAAACAUAUCCACUCACAAGGCAAGAAAAGCAAACGCAUUGCAAAGCGCUUACUGAAAGAACCAGAGAACCGCUCUUCUUUAGAGAUGUGGCGCGAGUAUGCUCACCUGGAGUGGCUUUUAGGAAAUCUUGAUGAAGCUCGGAAGGUUUUUGUCACAGCAGCAGCACUCGGAGGAACCAGUGGCCUUGCGUCUCAAAGUCUGUGUAAUCUGACAUUAUUAUGGGCACAAUUAGAGACUGAAAAUGCAUUAGAUAUUGGUGGAAGACAGAAAGAUAUAACUUCCUCUCCAGCUGUGCGUAUUCUAACACGACUUGCUGAAGGAACCUCAUUGUCCUCUUCCGAACAGCUCUCUCCUGUUUCCAUAUUAAAAGCUCGGAAAUCAUAUGACCAAGCUCUGAACUGCACUUUAUCUACAUUGGAUCAGGUCUCCCUUAAACAACACGACAAAGGUCAAUCAUACAGGGGCCUGGUUGGCUGCUACGCUCUCUUCCAAUACCUCACAGUAGGGAUCAAACCGGCCUCUGAUGUGUAUGCACUAGCAAGAAACCGAAUGGACGAGCUGCAGCAAAGGCUAACAGGGGACCUUAAAAGUAGCGAAGCUGGUUACAAAGAUUUAAUUUCUAAUUUAUCUUCUGAGUGUGAAGCUUUAGCCAUUCAGCAAGCAGCAUUGCUUAGGUAUCACAACAAAGUGAGUGUAUUUCCUCUAGCUCAGCUACGACAGAUGUUAACAGCUGCCUUGUCUACCUGGCCUUACUGUCCUGCCCUUUGGGGCAUCUACAUUCAGGUGGAGAACCGUUAUCAUAGUGCUGGCCGAGCUCGUCGCUUUUUUCAUUCUAUAAUGAGGAAUGCCACUAAUGUGUUGCCAGGUCUCUUUGCCAUUGUCGCUGAGCAACAAAGGAAGCAGACUGUGGAUGCUGCUCAGAGAUCAUGUUGCCAUGGAAGUGCCUUGCCUACCUUACCAGAGAACGGCCUGGGUCACAGGAUCCGUGGAUUAUUUGAAAAUGCGACUAAAACAAAGAUGGGAGCUCAUUGUCCUCUACUUUGGAGAAUGUAUAUGUAUUUCUUGGUAUCAGAUGGGAAGGUGGAUAAAGCCAAAGAAAUUUUCUAUAAAGCUCUACAAAAUGUUCCCUGGACAAAGGGCCUUUAUAUGGAUGCUAUUCAACUAUUUCCUGAGCAUUUGCAAGAAUUUGUGGACUUGAUGACAGAAAAAGAACUUCGACUGAGACUACCACUAGAAGAGCUUGAUAUACUUCUCGAGGACUAAACAUUACCCUUCUUUUCUAACUUUAAAUGAAUGUUUUGCUUAAAAUGUAGGAAAAAUUAUUAUAUACAUUUAAAUUUUAUUACGAAAUAAACCAUGUUAUUUUGGCA